ACACGACUCCAUUUCUUCAAACCUCGUGCCAUGAAUAUUCCUACCUCAAUACUAAACCCAUACGAUGUAUAUAUAGAGCUAUAAACCAGUGUUAAUUCCAUAUCUGUAAGCUCUGUAAUAUUAGAGAAGAAAAGCUAUGUCACCAGUAAUGGCAUCUCUGCAGGCUCUCCUGUCUGCACCCUUCAAUCAUUUCAUCCAUGGCGACUUUCAUUGGGUUGUCUCUAGAAUGACCCUCUUGGAUAAACUUCUUUUUUUGAUAAUGCACACCAUUGAUAAGCUUGGGAUAUGGCAUCGUUUACCAGUGUUCUUGGGGUUGAUAUAUCUGGCCAUCCGGAGACACCUUCACCAAGAAUAUAACCUACUUAACGUGGGAAGUACACCGAUUGGAGUCCGAUUUAACCCGGUUGAUUACCCUUAUAGAACAGCAGAUGGGACUUAUAAUGAUCCUUUCAACGAAGGUGCAGGUGGUCAGGGCACCUUCUUUGGCCGGAAUAUUCCUCCAGUUGAUCAGAAGCAUGAGCAGCUAAAGCCAGAUCCAAUGGUCGUGGCCACGAAACUUUUAGCCCGGAGGAAGUUCAUAGACACGGCGAAACAAUUUAACGUGAUCGCGGCUUCUUGGAUUCUGUUCAUGAUACACGAUUGGCUUGAUCACAUGGAGGACACCAACCAGGUAGAGCUCACAGCACCAAGGGAAGUAGAGAAGCAGUGUCCACUCAAAGAAUUCAGAUUCUACAAGACCAAGGAGGUCCCAACUGGUUUCUAUGACAUAAAGAAUGGUACUUUGAACACCCGAACACCUUGGUGGGAUGGAGGCUCAGUAUACGGAAGCAAUGCAAAAGGUCUGGAGAAAGUGAGGACCUACAAAGAUGGGAAGCUCAAGAUAUCGGAGGAGGACGGCCUUCUCUUACAUGACGAAGAUGGGAGGGCCAUUUCCGGCGUUGUGCGCAACAGUUGGGCAGGUGUGUCCACCUUGCAGGCACUUUUUGUGAAGGAACACAAUUCCGUGUGUGACACCCUCAAGAAGGAAUACCAUGACCUUGAAGACGAAGACCUCUACCGCCAUGCAAGACUCGUCACUUCUGCCGUCAUCGCCAAGAUCCACACCAUUGAUUGGACUGUCGAGCUCCUUAAGACAGAUACAUUGCUCGCAUCUAUGCGCACCAAUUGGUAUGGGAUACUGGGGAAGAAAUUCAAGGAUACAUUUGGACACGUAGGAGGAGCCAUCUUGGGAGGUCUAGUGGGUUUAAAGAAACCAGAGAAUCAUGGAGUUCCAUAUUCUCUGACUGAGGAGUUCGUCAGUGUUUAUAGGAUGCAUUCUCUUCUGCCGGACUACCUUCUCGUCCGGAAUCUUUCUGCUUCACCGGGACCUAACAAAUCACCACCCUUGCUCAAAAAGGUUCCAAUAGCAAAUCUGAUUGGAAUUAACGGAGAGAAAACUCUAUCAGAGAUUGGAUUUGAAAGGCAAAUGGUUUCCAUGGGACAUCAAGCAUGUGGCGCUUUGGAGCUUUUUAACUAUCCAAUGUGGUUGAGGGACCUCAUUCCCCAAAACCCAGAUGGAACUGAUAGACCUGACCAUGUUGAUCUCCCUGCUCUUGAACUUUAUAGGGACAGGGAGAGGAAAGUUGCAAGGUACAACGAGUUUCGCAGGGGAGUGAUGUUAAUUCCAAUCUCCAAAUGGGAAGAUCUGACGGAUGACGUUGAAGCCAUUCACACAUUGCGUGAAGUGUACGGUGAUGAUGUUGAGCAGCUUGAUCUACUAGUGGGGCUCAUGGCAGAGAAGAAGAUAAAGGGAUUCGCUAUCAGCGAGACGGCAUUCGUCAUUUUCAUUGUCAUGGCUUCUAGGAGGUUGGAAGCAGAUAGGUUCUUUACAAGCUACUUCAAUGAGGAGACAUACACCAAGAAGGGUCUAAAAUGGGUGAACACUACAGAGAGCCUUCGAGAUGUCAUUCACCGCCAUUACCCUGAGAUUACAGACACAUGGAUGAACUCCACCAGUGCCUUCUCUGUCUGGGACUCACCUCCGAACUCUCCUAAUCUAGUCCCUCUCUAUCUUCGCAUUCCCCAGUGAUCCAUAAUGAAGCAGCUUUCAUUAAUAUAUCUCCUCUAUGUAGCUAAGUUUCUCAUAUGUAUCUUAAGUGACCUAUAUAAACGAGUGUUUCGAACAGAAUCAAUGCCUUAAUAUUCUAUAAUAAAUUGUAGUCUGAUGACCAUAUAUAUGCAAUUUAAUUACUACUUUUA